AUGGCUGGUGUUAAAGCUUAUGAAUUAAGAACUAAAUCUAAGGAACAAUUAGAAUCUCAACUGAUUGAUUUGAAGAAAGAAUUGGCUGAGUUAAAGGUUCAAAAACUAUCUAAGCCAUCUCUACCAAAGAUUAACACUGUUAGAAAGAACAUUGCUCGUGUCUUAACUGUUAUUAACCAACAACAAAGAGAUGCUGUUAGACAAUUGUACAAGGGUAAGAAAUACCAAUCAAAGGAUUUGAGGGCUAAGAAGACUAGAGCUUUAAGAAGAGCUUUGACCAAAUUUGAAGCCACUAGAAUCACUGAAAAGCAAAGAAAGAAGCAAAUUGCUUUCCCUCAAAGAAAGUACGCUAUCAAAGCUUAA